UCCUGGCAGACGUGACUUCACUCUCCUCACCUGUGAAUCUUCAAGAAAGGACCACAUCGUCGUAUGCAAUAUUUUGCUUUACAUCGAUGUAUCGGGUCUAAUAUCGACGGAGGGACGCGCUUAACUCAAAUUACGGCAGCCGAGCGGUAGUUCAAAGGCCAAGGACACUUCACCGUGACAUCCCAUUUUCUACAGAAAGAACACAAAGGUCAAAAGGGGCCGUGUGAUGUGUCAAUGAAGAGUACUAACAGCACUCCCAGCUUUCUCCAGGACCUGUAGACGUUAAACCAUGGCGGUACGUGUCUGCUGUGUCCGAGGUAGCCACUACCAGGUCGGUCUGCAGAUCGGGAGGGCCGCCCGUCGACAGAUCGCCGAGUACCUGGACCGUCACCACGUCUUCGCAAACCUCCUAGGUAUUCUCCAGACGGACGCAGGAAGAAUCCUGUACGACGGUUACCUGAGAGCGGCUAAGUCUGCGUACCCCCACUAUGUGGAGGAGAUAGUCGGGAUGUCCGAGGGGUCAGGCCUGCCGUUCCAACACCUGUUCCUGAUGCACUGUCAGUCAGAGAUGGUGCUCAUGUUCACGGACGACUGUAAACCUGUGACUGAGAUAGAAGGAUGUACCACCGUGUUUCUCAAUGUCCAGAAUGGCCCCAGAGUCAUGGUUCACAAUGAAGACGGCGACUCACUCGUCAAAGACCUCGGUUACGUGGUGGUAGCUAAUAUAGACCCCUACGAACUGCCGAACGGAGAAGUUAUUCCUGCAGAGAGCUUCACCGCUUUCUGCUACCCAGGGCUGCUGGCUGGGAAUGCCUACAGCUUCAACCUGCAUGGCUUAUGUUCCUCCGGCAACUUUCAAAUGGCCAAAUGCGUGGAGAGAGAAAAAAUACCUCAGCGGUUCUUGUGCCGCGCCCUGUUGUCAGCUACGUCCGUGGAGCAGGCGGUGAGCAUCCUCAGGACAGAGGGCGUUGCGAUGGCCAGCGGAUAUUCCUACAACUUCGUCAGCACCAAGGACAGGACCAACAACAUGUACUCAGUAGAAGUGGCACCCGCGGAGGGAGUAGCAGGGAACAUGGUAUCCGUUCGCGCCAUUGAGCCAGGGGACGGUCAGACUGACGGGCGCUACAAUCAUUACAACUUGUACGACCACCUGGAUACGCCCCAUUGGAGGGACCUGAGCUCUGAGCACAGGAAGGCCCGAGCCGCUGUCAUGGAGCCACUCUCAACCAAACAGGACGUUCUGAAAUUCAUGGGUGACACAGCGGACCCAGAAUAUCCGGUUUACAGGUCUCAGACAAGAAACGACGUGUUUAUGACCACAUCAACCGGUGUGUUCGACCUCGAAGCAGGUGUUCUGGAAGUCUAUACCGACAAUCCGUCAAAGAGAAAGGAACCUGACGUCAUCUUCCUCCUUCCGGUGUAGUCUCGACCUCUACCAGACUCCAAAGGUUGCUGGAGCAAUAGUGACAAAGUACACUGAAUAAUAUAACAGGGAGUUAGCGAGUCACAGUUUAGCUUUGCUCCCGUGGCCGACUUAGGCAUAGGUCCUAAUGGCCUUACUCCUUACUUCAUACAUGUAUAUUAUUCAGUAUGUUUGUUUUAUAGUCAACAUAUAGAUAUACUACACUGAGAAGAAGACUCUCUGACAUCAUAUAUUCAAACCUUUCUCCACAACUAUCUGUUGAUACUAGUAAACUAAGAUUGUAUAGGCAUCUCAAAUCUGUGUUUGCCAUUGAGAACUAUCUACACACUUAAGACUUAAUAAAAUAUAAUAUAAGAUAUAAUAUCAGAUCAGCUAUAUGUAAACUCAGAGUAAGUGCACAUACGUUAGAAGUAGAAAGAUAUACAAACUAUUACCUGUUAACGAGAGAUUAUGUAAAAACUGUACAGGAAAAGCAUUGGAAAUGAAAUGCACUUUUUAUCAUUGACCAUAUUACAGUACCGAAAGAGACAAACUAUCAAAACUAGUCAACAAAAUUUUAACCAGCUUUGCACAUCGUACCGAACUACAAAAAUGUCGGCAAUUUCAUCCUCCUCUGCAUUCAGAAAAGAAAUCAACCCCAAAAGCAUCUGUUUUAGAUUAGUGGACGACUUUCAUUUUACAUGUACUUCAUGUUCAUUUCAUUAUUGUACAUACCGUAUAACUAUCAUCAUUGUAUUACUUGCAACUAACGUUCGGGCAUGAAAUUGCUAUAAAGUUAUUAUAAUAUCUGAGGACACUUGACUGUGUAUCACAGUCAACUAACAGGACUAAGGUGGUGCCGAAAAGCAUUUAUGAAAUAAGGCAAUUCUUGUAUAGUGCAGCUUAAGUAUUUCUGAUAACGUUAAAUACAAACGUAAAGAAG